AUGGCUCGCGACAUCCGCCAGCGCGCCCUCCAGAAGAUCGCCGCAUUAUCCGCGACGAGCUCCAUCACCGCCUUCGACCGAUCCGACCUCGACCGCCUCUGUAAGGCGACCGCUCACGGCAAUGGCAAGAGCAGAGAUGGCGCCAAUGGCUCAGCCCGCGGCUACUCGCUGGCCAAGGUGCCCAUGACCAUCCGUGAAUUCGAGGUGCUGCUGGCCCUUUGCAAGGCCGCGCCCGCCGUCCAGAGCAGCCAGAGUGCCCAGAAGCUCACCACCCAGCUGAUCCCCUACAUGCUCGAGGCCCAUUCGCAGACCUUCCAGCCGUCGCCCUUCUUUCGCAAGGUUGACCCAUCCCCUAUCGAGGCCUUGACCCUGCACCUGACGGCCGCCCUACUCUCGCUGGGCAGCAAGUAUGACGGGCUGCACGAGGUCGUUUCCGACAACAUGUGGGCGUUCCUUGCUGCCGUCAAGACUGCCGUUCAGAGCACCGUCCCCUCCGAGGCCCAGGAGGGUGUCGACCAGAGCCUAGAGGAUGCUAUUCGAACUGCAACCAUCGCCAUCGCCCUUCUGGGCUUCCUGGAUGCAGCCGCUGCCCAGGCCGACUUCUGGAGGACCGGCGGGAGACUGGCUCUGAUCCAGCGGGUGCGCAACCUACUGUCCGAGCCUUUUCUGACCGCAGUCGAGGGUGCCUUCUCAAGUAUUCGUAAUGCUCACGCCUCAGACCGCACUGCCAAAGAGUGGAAGAGAUAUCUGAAGCACUACACCGCGCACGGAAGACCCCUGGGUGCGGACUUGCUGCAGCGCAGCUUCAUGUAUCUAUUGGUAUCAUCAACCUCACUUCUGAUUGCCGACGCCAAGAUACUCAGAAAUACCCACAUUCUGGAAUUGCUGUUGGCAAACCCAAGUCUACUCAGGGCGGGAUUACCCCAUAGUCCCGAUGCCGAUUUUCGCUCCAUCGAGAUGUACGCGAGCAUUGCGCGAGACGAGAUGGACCGCUUGGACGAGGGCGCCGACUUCAUCCAGAUGGGCUCUGCCAGCCAGCAGAGCUUGGCCUUUUCUGUGAAGGCCUCGGCCUUGGUCAGUCUUUUGAACUGCACGAUGCUCAACGAAGAUGCUGCAGACCCCGAGGUCAUCAUGGGCUGGCUCGAGGAAUCGUUGCUCGAUCCUGUUCAGAUGCAGGACGAAACACUGGCAUCGACAGUCCUCCGAUCCAUGGCUAUCCUCUGCAGACUUGUCCCAAGCUAUGCUCCAAAAGUUAGCCGUCUCUUGCCUCGCUUCAUCGUCCAGGCCGCACCACGCGGCGAAAUCAUUGUCGUAGCCUCAAAGUGCCUGGCAUUUAUCCUGCAGCUACUAUCGCAUGACGCGGUCAUCACCACGCUCUACACCCUUGGGAAUGUCCUGAGCCCAGCAACCGAGCAGAGCAUCCCCAAUGGAUCGAACCCUGAGCUUGGAGCGGAUGGGGCCGGUACCAACGGCAUAUACCAGGGGCGGCAGUCUAAUGGCAGUUCAAUCUCGCUGGCUUUGCAGGGCGAAGAGGAGACAUCGGUAGUGUACUCAAACAUCGUGCAGGCGAUCAGUGGCAUUGCCAAGACAUCCAACGACGAGAAGAUAACCGCGCUUGCGCAGGCUAUGCUUCUCCAGAAGCUGAACAAGGUGAAUCACGCGGUAGAUGCUCAAAUCAUUACUGGAGCGGCUGCCUUGUCGCUGGCUGGCGGCCAACUUGAAUUCCGCUCGCUACUGAGGCUAUACUCUCGUAUAUGCCACAGUGCGUUGACAGACGAUAAUGCUGUUCUGCUUGGCGCGAUUACCAAGGCUCGGAAUCAUAUCUCCUCCAAUGUGAAGCGAGGAACUCCGCUUUUUGACAUCUAUCUAGAAUAUAUCCUGGAGGAGUUGAUCUCAAAAGGAGACGUUCAUCAGUCCAAAGAUGCCAAGGAGUCCGACGUCGAAUUCGCGGCGAGGGAAAUUGCUCAGCUCCUUCAGCCUCUGUCAAUUCUGAUGUCGACCAAGGAGUUCGCCGCUUUUACAGCGACCGACGACGAUAGUCACGCACUGGUUCGCGAUGCCUGGUUCAACAUUGUGGUCCAUGGCUUCACUCCGUCAACAGAGAGGGGAAAGAAAUACAUCAACGAGCUCCGUAUCAUGGCAAUACACUCACCACCACUGGUUGCAGAGCAGCGCGGCGAGCAAAAUGAGAGCGAUAUCGAGCUGAACACGGUCCUUCGGAGAGCCAACACCUCGGAGCGAGAAUCCAAGCAGAAGAAGCAACUCGCAGAGCUCAUCCCCGCCAAAGCAGCCGAGAUCAGGGGAUUGAGCUAUAGAAAAGUCAUCUUCCUUCAGGCUGCCUAUCUGGUGGAGAGCUUACGCGCUGACUCUGGAGAUUGCACCAAGGCCUUGUCGUACUUUUUGGAACCCAGUAUGCAUAAGCCUGAAGUCAGCAGCGUGAUGGAAGGAAUCACCAGCGUCAUCAUGGAAAAGUAUCUGUCCAAGACUUUGGAAGGCAAGCAGCCGACUUUCUCGGCCCAGUAUGCCGCCUCGCAAUUGGCAACCAUUCUCUGCGGUUGUUGUCACCGCAUCCAGAGGGUUCAGCAAGCUGCUUUCUCCUGUGCCGAUAAAAUCAUCCGUGAAGUCCCAUCCGCGCUUUGCCAGAGAUCGUCGCUAUUUGCCCUCCUCGAGCUCCUUUCUCUUAUGUGGACAAGCUGCCUGGAAGCCGAGACAGAGUUGUACGAGCCGCGUUCCGUCUUCAAGUCCACUCGUGGAAACGUGACUAUCGAGUUGUCUGAUAACUACGGCUUCCGUAAGUUCACUUUAAACCAGCUGUAUAAAAGGGCCAAGGUUUGGAUUCCCGCGACCAUCAACCUUGCACCUGCAGACGUCAAGGGUCUCCUACAGACGUACUUGUCCGAAUUUGACGACGAGGGUGCUUAUGGGCACAUGUCGCUUGGUCGAUCCUUCGCCAUGGAGGUUGGGUCUUCAAUACCGUCUACUGAUCAACGAUUGGCAUCUCUGGACCCCGUCGGCGAGACGACUAUUAAUACAACCUCUGACUUCAUUGCGCAGUAUACGACGAGGCAAGAAUACAGGUAUGGCGAGACUCUGCCUGACCACGGCACCGAUCUUGUCAACGUAAUGCCGAUGGGUCGAAGAGCAUCUUUCAUCAAGUCCCCUCCCAACGAAACCGCUAAUGCCGUGAACGCGUUGGCACACAUUGAAUCGCGCCUGAACAUGAAGAAGGCAACCACUCUGAAGGAUGUUCGGGAGAUAUUGCGACGGGCAGCCGCGUUACUGUGCCGCACUAAUAAAGACGAGAGCGCCGUCACGCACUACUUGGUCAGCAUUCCCUUCGCCAUGUUUACUAAGGAGUCCAUCAAGCUUGGUGUCUCUCUUUGGCUCGGAGUCAUGAACGAGAAUCCCAGGAUGGAGUCCCGGCUCCUGGCUGAAAUCGCCCAGCAAUGGGAAUUUGCGAUUCAGAAACGCCUCGGUCUUUUCAACCCUGCUUUGAUGCACCCUGAUCCUUUCUUCGUGAAAGAAGAAUUUGCUCCCAGUGACAAUGCUGGUCUCAUCAAACGCCGACAGGUUGUGCAUAAUUUGCUGGCUCCCCACACUCAUUUGGUCCAGUUCUUCAGCAGUCACUUUAAUGCGACCCGACUGGGGAGUCCCGAUACUCAGCGAAUCUUCCUCCGGCUACUAGAUGUAACACUCAAUGCCAUGAAGAAGUCCAUCUCGCACCCCAUGGCCAGAGAGCUCCGUCUUCGGAUCAUUCUCUUCAGUUUGAGGGUUCUCAAAGCAAGCGAUGGGGUGGGAACACUCACGCAGUGGCGGCUCAAGGACAAGAUCUUGUCCGCUGGGCUGAAUUGGUUCCAAUUUGCGCCUAAAUGGUCAUUUGGAAGUAACAUUCUUCAGUUGAAAACUGAGGUGCGACUUGUUACCGACGUGAUGGCUGCUCUCAAAGCCAUUGGCUAUAUUGCGGCACACGCCGUCGGCUCGUACAAAGGCCUGAAUCAGAAGGAGCAGCUGCUACAAAUUCUGCUCGAAAGCGAACAGGCCAGGAUGAAUGUUUGGGUUCACCCACUUGGCGAUGCCGGCCACAAGGCUGAUAUGAUGACGCACCAUGGUCAGAAGACACUCGAGAUUGCACUUCAUCCACUCAUUCGCGUAGCAUGGGCAGAAAGCCCUUCAUUAGCCAUAGAACUGGCUAGCAGGUUCUCGUUCCCAAGCGUGCACAAUGAAGUGCGCUGGCUGUUGUUGAAUUUCACUGCCAAGGCCGUGCAUGAUCCAGAGGCGCUUCCGAUUCUUCUGGGAGAAGAACUGCCCGCGGAUGUGCGAGGGCAACUCAAAUACUUGCUCUACUGGGCACCCGUCAAUCCCGUGACAGCAGUGACCUAUUUCUUGCCUGUGUAUCGGAACCACCCGUUUAUGCUACAGUACGCCAUGAGAGCAUUGGAAGAUCAUCCCGUGGAUGUGACAUUCUUCUACGUGCCUCAGAUCGUCCAAAGUUUGCGUUAUGAUGCCUUGGGAUAUGUCGAGCGUUAUAUCCUCGAAACAGCCCAGUUUUCCCAGCUGUUUGCCCAUCAAAUCAUUUGGAAUAUGAAGGCGAACUCGUACAAGGAUGAUGAUGCCCAGAUACCCGACGAUAUCAAACCUGCCGUUGACAAGGUCAGCAACAAGAUGAUCGACAGUUUCUCUGCAGAGGACAAGAGCUUCUACGAGAAGGAAUUCGCCUUCUUUGAUGAGGUCACGGGCAUAUCCGGAAAGCUCAAGCCACUCAUCAAGCGACCCAAACCAGAGAAGAAACAGAAGAUCGAAGAGGAACUCCGCAAGAUCAAAGUUGAAGUUGGCGUCUACCUUCCCAGUAACCCAGAUGGUGUCGUCAUUGGCAUUGAUCGCAAGUCCGGUAAACCUUUGCAAUCCCACGCUAAAGCUCCAUACAUGGCAACUUUCCGCAUCAAAAAGCCGAAGAUAGAUGCUGUUGAAGAGGUAGAGGAAGUUGUCCAGUCAACUGGGCAGAAUGGCCAACACCACAUCGAUAAUACCAUCGAGACAUGGCAAUCUGCUAUUUUCAAGGUUGGAGACGACUGCCGACAGGAUGUGCUCGCUCUGCAAAUGGUUGCCGCUUUCCGUGGCAUCUGGCAAAACGUCGGGCUCGACGUCUUCGUCUUCCCCUACCGUGUCACCGCCACUGCCCCGGGAUGCGGUGUCAUUGACGUGCUGCCAAACUCCAUAUCCCGUGACAUGCUGGGUCGCGAAGCUGUCAACGGUCUCUACGAGUACUUCAUCAGCAAGUACGGCAACGAGGAUUCACUGCGCUUCCAGCAGGCGCGCAAAAACUUCGUCAAGAGUAUGGCAGCCUACUCGAUUGUCUCUUUCCUGCUUCAAUUCAAAGACCGACACAACGGCAAUAUCAUGAUCGAUGAUGCGGGACACAUCCUGCACAUUGAUUUCGGCUUCUGCUUCGAUAUUGCGCCUGGAGGCGUUAAGUUCGAACGCGCACCGUUCAAACUGACGAGCGAGAUGCUUGCCGUCAUGGGCGGUUCGACGGACCACCAGGCCUUCCAGUGGUUCGAGGAACUCUGCGUUAAGGCCUUCUUAGCUGCCCGUCCCUACGCAGAGAAACUGAGCCAGAUCGUUCUGUUGAUGAUGGACUCGGGCCUACCAUGCUUCAAGCCCGAGAGCGUGAAGCACUUCAAGGAGCGCUUUGUUCUUGACCGCAACGAGAGGGAAGCCGCCCUCUUUGUGCGCGACCUCAUCAAGAAGAGCGCCAACAACUACUCGACGGCAGUGUAUGACCAGUUCCAGUUGAUGACAAACGGUAUCCCAUACUAG